AUGGGCAGGGGGCACUCACCAGUGGGUACUCCACCAGUGGGUACUCCACCAGGGGGUACUCCACCAGUGGGUACUCCACCAGAGGGUACUCCACCAGUGGGUACUCCACCAGGGGGUACUCCACCAGUGGGUACUCCACCAGAGGGUACUCCACCAGUGGGUACUCCACCAGGGGGUACUCCACCAGUGGGUACUCCACCAGAGGGUACUCCACCAGUGGGUACUCCACCAGAGGGUACUCCACCAGAGGGUACUCCACCAGUGGGUACUCCACCAGUGGGUACUCCACCAGAGGGUACUCCACCAGUGGGUACUCCACCAGAGGGUACUCCACCAGAGGGUACUCCACCAGUGGGUACUCCACCAGUGGGUACUCCACCAGGGGGUACUCCACCAGUGGGUACUCCACCAGAGGGUACUCCACCAGUGGGUACUCCACCAGGGGGUACUCCACCAGUGGGUACUCCACCAGAGGGUACUCCACCAGUGGGUACUCCACCAGGGGGUACUCCACCAGUGGGUACUCCACCAGUGGGUACUCCACCAGUGGGUACUCCACCAGAGGGUACUCCACCAGAGGGUACUCCACCAGAGGGUACUCCACCAGUGGGCACUCCACCAGUGGGCACUCCACCAGUGGGCACUCCACCAGUGGGCACUCCACCAGUGGGCACUCCACCAGAGGGGGUAAUGCGGGCACUCUGCCGACAGCACAGUUUAGUGCCAACAGACCACUGA